AUGGCGGAAGACACGUCGCGGUACCUGAGCGGGGAUUAUUAUCCCCGCAAAUUCGGGCCCAAGCCCGAUGUGGUGCCGUCGGGGGUGACCGAGAGGAAGAUAUCCCCGUUCGGCAUCGAGCUGGGCAAGCCGGACAUGGUGACGGUGGAUGUGGUGAGCGUGCAGGAGGAAGAAGUGCACAGAAGAGGACUGGACACAAGUACGUAUCUUUUGGGAACUAUUCAUCCAUUCCGCAAAACUCACCGGUCAUUAGGUGGAAGAUUUACUCAGGAGUUUCUGCUGGUUGCAGCUGACAGGAGGUCCUGGAAAAUCUUAUUGUUUGGAUUAUUGAACUUGAUUUGCACUGGCCUUUUGCUGAUGUGGUGCAGUUCCACAAAUAGUAUGGCUUUGACUGCCUAUACGUACCUUACUAUCUUUGAUCUUUUCAGUUUAGUGACUUGCUUGAUAAGUUUCUGGGUGACUUUGAAAAAACCUAGUUCAGGAUAUUCCUUUGGGUUUGAGAGGUUUGAAGUAUUAGCAGUGUUCGCUGCCACUGUCCUGGCACAGCUCGGGGCUCUCUUUAUACUCAAAGAAAGUGUGGAACGAUUUCUGGAACAGCCUGAGAUUCAUACAGGACGUCUCCUUGUUGGCACCUUUGUGGCCCUGUUCUUCAAUUUACUUACCAUGCUAUCUUUGAAGAACAGAUCUUUAGCUUACGUUUCUGAAGCUGCCAGUACAAGUUGGCUCCAGGAACAUGUUGCGGAUGUAAGCCGAAGCUUAUGUGGAAUAAUUCCGAGUCUAAGCAGCAUUUUGCUUCCUCGUAUGAACCCAUUUGUCCUAAUUGACCUUGCAGGAGCAUUGGCACUUUGCAUCACCUACAUGUUGAUUGAAAUAAAUAAUUAUUUUGCUGUGGAUACAGCUUCAGCUAUAGCUAUCGCAGUUAUGACAUUUGGCACCAUGUAUCCAAUGAGUGUCUACAGUGGAAAGGUGCUACUUCAGACAACACCUUCGCAUGUGAUUGGGCAGUUGGACAAGCUUCUCAGAGAGGUCUCCACUUUGGAUGGUGUUCUUGAAGUGCGGAAUGAACAUUUUUGGACCCUCGGAUUUGGAACUCUGGUUGGCUCAGUGCACGUACGGAUCAGGAGAGAUGCAAACGAACAAUUGGUGCUGGCUCACGUGACCAACCGUCUAUCCGCACUUGUCAAAACGUUAACUGUUCAGAUCUUUAAAGAUGAUUGGGUUCGGCCGUCAUUAGUGACAUCAUCAAUCCCAAGCAACAUACUGAACCCACUGGACAGUGCCAAUCUUACCCCAGUGUCAGCUGCCAAGCUCCCGGAUGGCAUCAAUCCCGUCACCUCCACACCAGCAAAGCCAACCAGCCCUCCUCCCGAGUUCUCCUUCAACACACCAGGUAAGAACAUCAACCCGGUGAUCCUUCCCACUGCUCCUUCAACUCGCCCUUAUGGCUUAGGACUCAAUCAUGGACCUGCUCCGUAUGGCAGUGCGUUUAGUCAGGGGAUCGGAAGACCCGGAACUGGAGUAACUCAAGGAUUCAGAUCUGGAUUGAGUAACAUUCCAAACAAAUACACAACAGGUACUCAAGGAUAUGCCAACCAGUUCAGAUAAUUGGUGCAGAACAACACUCCAUGAUUUGAAGACAACAGACUUCUUUAAGUUGAUUCUUUAAGCAGCUGAAUAAAAUAUUUUAACUGCAGAGCUUAUAUUUGGCAUUAUUACCUCUAUUUUUAAACAUUUUAUGUAUCUGCCCUUCAAAUCAUAUGUCCUUCUCAAAUUGUUUGGUAAAAAAAUAGAUAAACCAUUUGCCUACAUUUAUAAUUUUGACUGGGAAGGUCAAAGACUUGCUUAUAUGCUUUAUAGCUGACCAUCAUGCUGUGUAAGAUGUCACCAUAGUGACAAAUCAACGGACUUGCUCUUUUGCUUUUGCCCAAUACCUAUCUGACAGUCUGACUGAGAUCUGAGAUCCUGCCAUGUCGUGGAAUGAUGGUGCACAACCAGACAUGGAGCGCAAAUCUUUGGGAUGGUUUCAUCUUUCAGGUGACUGCAGCCAAUCACGCCAAUGCCUUUUGUUUCCAACCACUACAGUUAUUUCAUUCGUAAGAACAUAAGACACAGGAGUAGGAUUGGGCCAUUCGGCCCAUCGAGACUGCUCCACCGUUUGAUCAUGGCUGAUCUAUUUUUCCAUCUCAACCCCAUUCUCCUGCCUUCUUCUCGUAGCCCGCCACCAUGUUUUCCUUUCUUACAACGGUGCUGAACGAUCAACAUGGAUGGCACUAAUAAAGACUUCAGCUUGGCCUUGGUGAUGAUCUUUUAGUUAUGGCAAUUCAUUUUUGCAAGUUAUUUUUUAUUCCCUGAAUCUAUUUUUUUUUAAGCAAAGGGUAUGAUUAUUGAUAUCAGUGUUACGAAGCUUCAAAAUUAUGUUAUUUUGGAGACAGCGAAGUUUCCACAAAGUUAAAUGGACAGACUAUCUGUGGGAAGCACGGCCUGUAUGGCUGUUUCUGAAUCCAGGGUCUUCGUGCAUUUGGUACAAUAAUCCUUCAGGUAUUCCAUUGUAAUUAGUUUAUGCGAUUAUGCUCUAAGCUUGAAUUCACUGCGAACUGGAUUGUCAGUGUAAAUAUCAUCUGGAUAAAAGUAUUGACUUUUAUGUUCAGAGACAUGAACUGUACAGCUGAUACUUUUAUUCAGAGGUUUUCAAGAAAAAUAUGUGGAUAUACUUUAUUUAAAAUACUAAAAAUAUGUAUAAAUGUGUGCUGUAGUUUGUACAAUAGGUAUAAGUUUGUUAUAUUUGGCAUCAAUGUACAUAAACAACUUUUUGAAAAAACUGGAUCAAUUAUGACAGAAGUAAAUGCAGCCUGGUGUGAAUAUGUUAAAGAAAAUGUGUUUUGUUUUACAUAACUAUUCUAUUGACCAAUAAAGUGAGUACCAAAAUGGCAAA